CAAUCGUCUCCUCCACGUUCGCGCGUGUGUGUCAGGUGGGCGUGUUCCGGCCCCCUGAUUGGUCGGCGGCUCUUCUCUUUCCUCCCCGGCUUCCGCUUUCUCUUCACGCGCACGCCCUGCCUGUGGAUAAUGAUAAUAAUGAUCAAGAUGGCUACUGGAGACUCCCAGCGGUAGCGACCCCACAGAUUUCAUGGAAGCUCAUAAAACUACGAUCGGUCAGAGUUCGAGUCCCUCGUAGGGGACGGGGGCCGCCGCGGGGAUCGAACUUUAUGGAUUAAAGCGGGCCGGGCGGAGAUAGACGCGCCCGUGUUGUCUGCUCGCUCCGGGGACGUUAGCUAGCUCCGCCGCUAGCUCCUUGUGCUCGUCGACCAGCUCCGGGUUCAGCUCCGCGGCUCCGGUGAGCGGCGCCCUCCCGUUUCCCGCGGCCGGUCGUCGGGAUGGCGGAGCCGAGGAAAGUUCCGUUCGUCACCAUCUCGUCCUUCGGCGCCGCGGCCACGACCCCGACCCCGGAGUCCGGAAAGAAGCGCCGCCGCGAAGAUGAGGCCGUCGAGUGCACUUCGGGGAAAGAUGGAGGUGGAAGUGCGGCGGCGGGGUCAGGAGGUGGCGGAGCUCCGUUCGGAAACGACCAGGGAGCCGACGUCGAAGCCGCGGAGGCGAAGCCCACCGUGCGCCUCCACCUCCCGCUGACCGAGCCCAACGAGCGGGGCUCCGCGGAGUUCAACUACGGGGAGUUGGUCAACCCCUCCGCUUCUCAGGUAAAGCUCGCAGCUUCAACGGCCCCUAAAGGACUCACCCCCCCCCUGGACCCCAACGACCCCUUUGCUGACGACGAGAAGGAGCGACUGCAGGUGGAGGCGAUGGCCAAGAAGUUCGAGAACAAAUAUGGUGGCGCCGUUAAGAAAAAGAAAAAGGACAGAAUGCAAGAUCUCAUUGAUAUCGGAUAUGGCUACGAUGACACUGAUCCCUUCAUAGACAAUUCAGAGGCUUACGAUGAGCUGGUUCCUGCUUCUCUCACCACAAAGCACGGAGGCUUCUACAUCAACACAGGCACCCUGCAGUUCAGAGCAGCGUCGGACUCCGAGGGAGAGAACGCAGGCACCGAGGAUAAUCCCUUCAAGAAGAUGAAAGAUGGUGAAGAGCGGGUGAUUAAAAAACGGCGGAAAAAGCCAGAUGGAAUUCUGGAGGAAAAGAAACCCAGGAAGAAUAAAGUACCAAAGUCUGGUGUUUCGUCCCUGAAUGUUCAUCGUCCAGAAAAGAAGAAGAGGAAGAAGCUGAUGAAGGACUCUAUCCAUCUGGCCAACAUGCUGCGUCGCUUCACCAGGGAGAAGGAGGAGAUGCGCAAGAAGAAUACAUCUGCUCCCAGUCUGCCACGACCCAACGCCAAAGUGCCCGUCGCCAACAGUGCACUCCUCAUCGCCCACCCCAAGGCCGCUGGCGGCAACGACUGCAACAUCACUGACCUGAGCGCGGACCCGGCUGUGAUGUCACUGCUGGGCUCGACCAAUAACGACAUCCUGCAGGACAUGAUGGGGGACCUGGACUUCGCGAUGCUGGACUCCCCUCAGCCGUCCAGUCCAGCGCAGGGGGAGAACGGCUCCUUCGGGAUGGGACACAAAGCCGGAGGCAGCAGAGUGUCGCAGGCUAACAUGAUGACCCCUCCUCCUCCUCUGCCCAAUGGACUCCCAGCCCCGCUCACAAAGAGGAUCGAGGACCUGAGAGCGGCGUCGCGUCUGUUUGAUGAGGAGGGCCGGAAGAAGUUCUUCACGUUGGACAUGAACAACAUCCUUCUGGAUAUUGAGUUGCAGGUUCAGGAGCAGCCUGCAGAGGUACGUGCAGCUGUCUACUCUCACCUCGAGGCCUUUGUGCCCUGCAAUAAAGAAGCUCUGCUCAAACGCCUUAAGAAGCUCAGCCUCAACAUACAGGAUGACCGUCUUCGCACGCCCCUGCUGAAGCUGAAGCUGGCAGUGUGCAGCUCGAUGCCGGAGCAGAUUGCUCGGUACAACAUGGACUGUAUCGCUAAGGUGGCAAAGCAGCAGUCUGGGGAGGGAGAGAAGAACGGCUCCGAGGACGAUGAUGAGGAGAAACCAGGGAAGAGGGUGAUGGGACCACGGAAGAAGUUUAUCUGGGACGACAAACUCAGGUUACUGCUGUGUAACCUGGUGCGGGUGAAGCUGGGCUGUUUCGAGCUGGAGGGGAAGAACACGCUGUCUCUCGAGGAUUACCUCAAAGCCUUCAUGGAGACGGAAGUGAAACUUCUCUGGCCCAAGGGUUGGAUGCAGGCCAGGAUGCUGUUCAAAGAGAGCAUCAUGGCUCAUGGUCACCUCACAGGUUACACAGCAAAGAGGAAGAUGGUCACGACUCCAAAGGCCAAGCCAAAGGAGGCGGUUUGGGCUCGGCCCACACCCUCAGCGGGCGCCACGCCCUCACCUGCAGCCCAGGUUGCCAAGCGACCACCUCAGUCCCCCUCUGAGCCCAUAUGUCUGGAUGACGAUCUGACAACGCCCUCCCUGGACUCCAUCUCCCAGGCCCUCGCCAUCCUCGGCAACGCGGCCAAGGGCCUGGCCCAGGGGGACAGCCCCCCAUCCCCCGACGGACCCAGGACCAUUGCCAACCCCCUCUCCCUCCACACCUCACCACUCCUUCAGCAGCAGCAGAAGAAGAACUCUGUCAGCACUCUCAGCUCCAGUGCACCUCACUACAUCUCUACCUCUUCGUCUUCCUCCACCCCUCUGUCUCGGCUUCCCUCCAUCACGUCCUCUCCUCUGCCCUCCGUGAGGGUGGACGGGAUGGGGGUCGUCAAGGGAAUCGUGCAGGCGCACAGACACUCAGUUUUGAACACUCCGAGACCUUUGGGUGCAGCAAAAACCAUCAUGUCUGCCUCUCCGUCGCCGCUUAAACCACGUCCCCCACCCACUGCAUCUCCACUCGUGGCCCCGGGAUCUAAGACGGGGGUCUCCACUCCCCCCUCUGGCCUCCUCAAAGGCAGCAAUAAUAAAUCCAACAGUGGUGACACUCUAAUCCUCACAUUGCCUCAGUCUCGGCCACACACCCUUUCCUCGCCCACCAUCAUCAAAACCUAUCAGGGGCCUCGUAUCGCCCACACCCUGCAGAGUAAAUCCUCCCCCUCCCUCUCUCAGACGCUUUCUGGAGUUCAGCCCCAGCCACAGUCUAACUUUAUCACCCCUAUGCACGCCACGCUCACCAAAUCCACACACAGCAGUAUCCCACCCAUUGUCAAGCUCACUCCCCGCACCCCCAUCCCCAUCGUCACCACCUCAGUCUCCCCCUCCAUCUCUCAAAACCCCAGGUCUCAGGCAACCCCCACCAUACACCAGUACUCUCCCCAAACCAUAGCAGGGUACCGCCCGCCGUUCUCAGGUGUCAAAGGAGGAGUAACCAAGCCAGGGCAAGGCAGCUACACUCCUCCAGGCGGCCAGAAGACCCCCAACCACAGCACCAACAACAUCAGCCUUAUUAACGUGUCAUCCAUAAGCAAACAUUCAGGGUCCAGUGCCUCCCCCACCUUGGUCUCCAUCAACCCAGGCCAGCGUCAGAGGCCCGGGAGUGUGACACCUCAGGGGGCCAAGUCGGUGGCGUCUGUUUCAUCGUCAUCCAUCUCCUCUCAGCUGCCACAGGUCUCCACAGCAGGAGCCGGCGGUCUGCUCAGCUCAGCCUCGUCUCUCACCCUGGGGUACGGGAUGCUGGGGGGCCUGGUGCCCGUGUCCCUCCCCUUCCAGUUCCCGCUGCUCAACCUGCCUCCGCUGGGAACGGCCGGCUCCAGCACGGCAGGCGGCGGCUCCGCGGCCAGUAGCAAUGCAUCGUUCUCUACCCUGACCCAGAAUCUGUAUAAGAGUCUACAGGCAGGGUCUCAGGUCGCUGUGCCUCCUCACUUGCAGCUCGCCUUCUCAGAACUGUGCUAUUCCCGUCCAGAUGUCAGUCAAAACCAGGGAGGAGACGCUAAGAGGAAGAAUCUAUGAUGCAGCUGGAUUCCUUCACCCGGUGGACGCAGGGACAGAUGAUGGGACGUGGCUUUGGGUGAUGGACAGACAGACGGACACCAGCGGUCUGGGCUUCACUUGGGACUGUUGAUCUGAGAUCAGCUCCAGUUUUUUCAUGAAUACCACAGUUGCAUAUAACUUUUUUAAACAGUUUGAUAAAUUUGAAAUACUAUUCUUCUUAGAAUUGUUAAAUGAAAUGACAAAUGCUGUUUGUCAAUGUUUACAAGAUAGACCUAUAUCACUGUGGACAGGGAGGAGUGAGUGGGUUUUUAAUGCGAGUGUGUGUGUGUGAGAGACUGUGUGUGAGUGGGGCUGAACGCGUGCCUUUGUGUGUCUCCCUCUCUGAUGCAUGGUCAGUGUGUCUAUUCGGUGCUGUUUUUAUCAUAAUGUUAUUAUCACUGAUACCUGUAAGAAUUGUAAACUGCAAAUUGAUGACUUUGAGCUUUUUUUUUUUCUCCUUCCAAUGAAAGAUGUAAACUUUUUCAUUGUACAUAAAUUCUUUUUCUGUAUAGAACUCAAACUGACUUAAUUAAAAAUCUUUGCUUUCA